CUGCACCCGAGGGCAGUCUUCAAUGGUCCAUUUAAAGGGUUUGAUAUCUUGGUCAUUUGUGAUGCAUACUCUCCUAAUGGAGAACCCUUCCACACAAACAAGAGAUAUGAUGCUGCAAUAAUAUAUUGUCAUCAUGAUGUUGCUACUCAAUACCCUUGGAUUGUUAUUCAGCAAGAAUACGCCUUGGUGCCACUUGAUGGUCAAUCUCCUGCAUCUCAGGGACAAUAUUACCCUAAUGCUGGUGCUGUCAAUGAUAUUGUGAGAGAACAUUAUAGUGCCUGCUUAUCUGCUGGCAUCGACAUUAGCGGAACUAAUGGAAGAAUCCCUGAUAAUUGCAAGUUCCAAGUGGGCAAGUGGGGUUUUGCGGAUGGAAUCUUCGUUGCUGAUCAGUUAUGUGCUGCUCAUUUCAUUUUAAAGGUGAUAGCUGAGAGGCACAGGAUGUUGGUUUCCUUUGAACCCGAUGCAAUUCUGCAGACUACUUCAAAUGAAGCUGAUACGCCCAUAUGGCUUAGUACCUUAUCCAUGAGAAAAGUUGGAGGCUAUGAGGACUCCCAGUUCAAAGUUUUGAAGCUGAUGAUGAAGCACAUGGAUGACAUAGCAGCUAGAGAUGAAGGCAAUGGCUUGGAGGGUAUUUGGGUGCUGAGAACUGUCUUUCAGUUUUUUCCAAUCUAUGAGACUUCAACUGGAGCUAGUGGCGCGAAAAAAGCAUUAAGUGGAUAUGUUAUAGUAGACUGGAGGCGUGCUGCUAAUAUGGAUCCGUAUGAGGUCACUUCCAAAAUCCUCGAAACAUCCAUCCUUUGGAAGCCAACUUUGUGGGAGAUCUUAGUUGCCCGUCUUGCUAUGAUUCCUUUCCCCGGUUGGGUGAAAAGGAUCUUUCGUCAUUUCGUUUGUUAAUGGAAAGCCUAUCAUGAUAUGUAUAUCUCCCUUGUUGUGAUAUCAGUCAUAUUUUAUACCAAAAGAUCCUAUGUAUGUUGGGAAUGGGUAGUUCAUGUGCUUUGAACCCCAAAACUUUACUUUCUUUCUUUGUUUAAACCUUUAAGUUGUGCUUCUAAUUAUUUGGAUGAAACUUGUAACA